UUGUAGCGAGCGCGCAACUCGCAUCUUACUGUAGCAGCAGAGGCGGCGGGCGUGUGGUGUGUGAAGAGGGAAGAGCGGACUCGCUGCCAAAAGCGCAGUACUGUAACUACAGUAUAGCACUGCGAGCAGACUCUCAUUGCGCACAGGCACACAUACGCUCAUCUAAAAACAAAACUUAUUCUUUUAACACUUCCGUGUUCAAAAUGGCUGACCCCGUGCAACUGAGCAGCGACGGAGAAGGGGCCGAGAACACGAGAGGGUUUGCAAGGCAAGGUGCCCUGAGACAGAAGAAUGUACACGAAGUGAAGGACCACAAGUUUAUCGCCCGUUUCUUCAAGCAGCCGACCUUCUGCAGCCACUGCACGGACUUUAUCUGGGGAUUCGGUAAACAGGGAUUCCAGUGUCAAGUCUGCUGCUUCGUGGUGCACAAGCGCUGCCAUGAGUUCGUCACCUUCUCCUGUCCCGGCGCAGAUAAGGGUCCUGCCUCAGACGACCCACGGAGUAAACACAAGUUCAAGGUGCACACGUACUCCAGCCCCACCUUCUGCGAUCACUGCGGCUCCCUGCUGUACGGCCUCAUCCACCAGGGCAUGAAAUGUGACCACUGCAUGAUGAACAUCCACAAGCGCUGUGUGGCCAAUGUGCCCAGCCUCUGUGGGACCGACCACACGGAGCGGAGGGGCCGCAUCCACAUCAGCGCUGAGGUCAAGAGCAACGUGCUGACCGUCUCCAUUUUAGAGGCUAAGAACUUGGUACCCAUGGAUCCCAAUGGCCUGUCUGACCCCUAUGUCAAGCUGAAACUCAUCCCCGACCCCAAGAGUGAGAGUAAACAGAAGACCAGGACCAUCAAGUGUUCCCUCAACCCCACAUGGAAUGAAACUUUCACAUUCAACCUGAAGGAGUCGGACAAGGAUCGCCGACUCUCCGUGGAGAUCUGGGACUGGGACCUGACGAGCCGGAACGACUUCAUGGGAUCGCUGUCAUUCGGGAUCUCUGAGCUGCAGAAGAUGGGGGUGGAUGGAUGGUACAAACUGCUCGGUCAGGAGGAGGGCGAGUAUUUCAACGUCCCCGUCCCACCCGAGGGCGAAGACGGCAACGAGGAGCUGAGGGAAAAGUUUGAGAGAGCCAAAAUCGGUCCUGGCAAUAAGAACACCGACAGUUCCACCAACGCCAUCUCCAAAUUCGACAACAAUGGCAACCAGGACCGGAUGAAGCUGACUGACUUCAAUUUCCUCAUGGUGCUGGGCAAGGGCAGCUUUGGCAAGGUGAUGCUGGCGGAGAGGAAGGGCACUGAGGAGCUGUAUGCCAUCAAGAUCCUGAAGAAGGAUGUGGUGAUCCAGGAUGACGACGUGGAGUGCACCAUGGUGGAAAAGAGGGUGCUCGCGUUGUCGGGAAAGCCCCCCUUCCUCACAGCUCUUCACUCUUGUUUCCAGACUAUGGACCGUCUUUACUUUGUGAUGGAGUAUAUCAACGGAGGAGACCUCAUGUACCAGAUCCAGCAGGUUGGCAAGUUCAAGGAGCCACACGCUGUGUUCUACGCUGCGGAGAUCGCCAUCGGCCUGUUCUUCCUGCACUCGAAGGGCAUCGUAUACCGGGACCUGAAGCUGGAUAAUGUGAUGCUGGACUCGGAGGGACACAUCAAAAUCGCUGACUUUGGCAUGUGCAAGGAGAACAUGUGGGAUGGCGUGACCACAAAGACCUUCUGUGGCACACCUGAUUACAUCGCCCCUGAGAUCAUUGCCUACCAGCCAUAUGGCAAAUCUGUGGACUGGUGGGCUUUUGGGGUCCUGCUGUACGAGAUGCUGGCGGGAGAGCCCCCCUUCGAUGGAGAGGAUGAGGACGAGCUGUUCCAGUCCAUCAUGGAGCACCACGUGUCCUACCACAAAGCCAUGUCCAAGGAGGCCGUGGCCAUCUGCAAGGGGUUGAUGACCAAGCACCCCGGGAAGCGUCUGGGCUGCGGACCAGAGGGGGAGCGUGACAUCAAGGAACACGCCUUCUUCCGCUACAUGGACUGGGAGAAGCUGGAGAACAAGGAGGUUCAGCCACCUUUCAAACCAAAAUCCUGUGGCCGGGACGCCGAGAACUUUGACCGCUUUUUCACCCGCCAUCCUCCCGUCUUAACUCCACCCGACCAGGAGGUCAUCAUGAACCUCGACCAGGCCGAGUUUGAGGGGUUUUCCUACAUUAACCCUCAUUAUCCUCUUAUGGAAAUCCAGAGUUAAGGACAAUCAAAAAAAAGCGUAUUGCUAAAUCUUCUAGAUACAAUAUCUGUAACCACUUCUACCUGUUUAUGUAUAUGUACCAUUUCCAGCUGUACUGUACAUGUACAUAAACAAAAACAAAGAUGGCAAAACCAUUUAUUAGCCUUUUGGGUUAAAUCAAUUUGUGAAAAGCCCCUUGAAUGAUUUCCUGAAAUUUGAGACCAAUAUUUUACCUCUUUAUCAACAUUGCAUUGCCUAUUGAAUGUCCUUAUAAGAAAUCAGCCAGCUGUCCAUUGUGAUUCCAGAAAGUUCUAAAAUGUCCUUGGAUUUUUAUAUAUAAUGCUUUCAUUAGAUUUUCAUCACUGCACCCAGUACAGCUCCUCACCUUGCCAUUCCAGCCUAUGCAAUAAUGUGUUGCAUAGACAUUUUUGUUCCUUCAGAUUCUCAUCUCAACAAACCUGCCUUCUCCAAUAUUGGUGGAAGUCAUGUGAUACAAUCAUUGAUUUCUGGCUGAAAGAAUGAACCUCUGUCUAUAGCUACUCUGAUCUUGAUCUACAUCUGAGAUUUUUUUGCUCCUGGUUCCUUUUGUUUUUUCUCUCUAGUAGCGUAAGAUUUUUCCAGUCCCAAACAAAAUCUUGAAGGAAAAGCAAAAAUCUAAUUAAGUUAUUGUGCAUGUGCUUUUUUCAUAGCAAUUCCAAAACAAUAGCGUUAGUAAGAUAGUUGAAAUCAAAUAUUAUUUUAUCAUAAUUUGCUGAAUAUAUACAUACACGUAUACAAAUAUACAUAUGAUAGUUACAAUAACUAAUUGUUUUUUUUUCCAAGCAUGAAAAAGAUGUUUACAGGAUGACUCAAUCCAGCGGUUUGUUUGGUCCAACAUAGUGCUUCUGUCAUCGUGCUCCUCUGUAGUGGUGCUAUGGUCCUCUCGCCUGUACAUAGAGUGGCUCUGUAUUACCCCACUCCCUCUGGAACCAGAUUCCCCCUGCACCUUACACUCACACACACACACAUGUACACACACACACACUCAGACACUGCAGUAACUCUCCAAAUCUGGGAAUGUACCAUUUCCCUGUGCAAUGGCUGUAUCAACAGAGCCCAUCUCUGAAGAACAGCAUGUCCGCCUGUGAUAAACAUGUUAAUGGCUCCCUGGCCUGUGUCGUUUGUUAUGGGUGUUAUGGCUGACGUCAUGGGAGCAGGAACAGUGGUGCCAGACCAGGCUCCUUCAGCACUGUGCAGAGGUUGGGUAGGGGGGCGGCACAUUGGACAGCCGUGUGAGAGAUUGGCGAGCCGUCACCCAGCAACUUCACCUUACUUUGACCUUUUGCAGCAUGUUGCCUUCAAAAGCAAACAGCCAGCAUAACCAAAAUCUCUCGGAGAGACAUGUUGGUGGCAUUUUGCGGAAGAUGACAUUCCUUACACUUAAGUAAUUAAACUAUUACAGGGAUACUAAUACAGUUUAAUGCUUACACGUGGCGACCUUCACUGCAAAUAGUUUUUAACAGGGUGAAGAUUAUACAGUGUGGCAGUGAAAACAUGCUUGUUAAAACUUGUGCCUGUAGUUGUUUCAGUGUUAUUCUUGUUGACAACCGCUAGUUUCCAACUUCCUGAGACAAAGAGCACUGUUAAAAGGUCAUGAACAAUUUGAAAUGCUGGCCAUGCAGGCAGACAAAUAAAUAAAUAAAUGGUCUGCGGGAUAAUUCAGUUGGUAUGUAAGGCCUGUCUUCUUUCCUGAAAUGCCAUUUUGUUUGUCUGUAACAGAAGCUAAUCUGUGGUCAAUGGUGCACAGCAGACUCCUCUGUGCUGUCAAGGGCUUGGCCCUGUAGCUCCCGCAGUGUCUAUACUGGCAAGCAAGCCCUUUCCACUGCAUUUACCCACAUACUAUAUACUGUAUAUGGAGGAUUCUGAAUAUGAAUGGGUCGACAUGUACACCCAUUUCAAAUAAUGAAAUCUUCUCAAAUUAUCUGAAGUGCAGCUCAAUAACUGUUAGAAUGACUGGGUACUAGUAAAUUUAAACCAUCAUCGAAAACCACUGGUUCUUCAUACCUGACCUUACACUAUCGGAGUGUUAAGCUUCAAAUAAUACUGUUUAUAAUAUUUUCCAAUAAUUAUUGUCUGGUAAUAAAUAAUCAUUUGUUUUUGUUUUGUUUUUUUUAUUUCUGGGCUAGAUUAUUAUUAAGAAGAUUUAUUACUUUAGUUAUCUAUAUUGAUAUAGAAGAAUCGUAAUUUCUGCCAAAACUGGUGUGUAGAUUAUUACAGGGCUUUCAUAUUUUUGUAAGCAUCUCAUAAAAAAUCUUGAUACACACUGCUGUGCAAAAAUCUUAGACAUUUAGCAUUUUCAUACUAAGAUGCAUAAGGAAAUCAAAUCUUUGUAUAUGAUUGAGGCAAUCUGAUUUUUCAGAUGGAUGAAAAAGGCUAUCGAUACGCGUGUUUGAAUGUUACUGUAAUAAAUGUGGUAUACCAUUCCACCAUGUUUACGACAAAAUAAUCUAGAUCUUCUUUAACAGGUUUUAGUGUUAUUUAAGGGGCAGGGUGGAAAACUGUAAUAAUGUAUAUUGUGUAUCAUUUGAAAAUUGUACAUUUUCAGGUGUAUUCACAUUUAAUGCAAAUGUUUGUUUCCUUGUCUAUCAAAGUAUAACAAUGGUAAAUGUCUCUUGCACAACAGUGUCUAUAGUGUGUGCACAAAUAAUGUGUCAAAUUAUGUUUAGUAAAGUUCUUGCAUAUUAUGUGGUCGGGAUUCUGUCUGUGAGCCUUACAGUAUUGUAUAAAAAAAGGAAAAAAAUAAUUUUAAUGUUAAGAUAUGUCUUUUCUAAACUGAGGAUAUCAAAGUUUUUCAUUAACAAAAAAUGCAUUGUGCAUGUGCUUAAGUAACAGUUGUAAUGUCAUGUUCUUUUUGACCAUUCGUGCUUCAGUGGGUGCUUCAUGCUACUGUGUGGGCUUUGUACACUUUAACUCAGAUGCUGUUAAUGUGCCAAAGUAUUUUCCAAAAAAAGAAUAUAUUAAAUAAAACUUUACAUGAUGA